AUGUCACCGGUCGAGUCCCAAGGUAGAACGAAUGCCACGAAGCAGAAGGCUGAGGCAGCUAAAAAAGGACAUCAGCAGAAAAAUGUGAGACAGAAUGGUUCCAAAGCAUCUCCCUCCAAAGUGCCUAAUGGGAAACAAAAAGCUAGAGGGAAUUCCCCACCUCUGGAGGACAGAAAGGCAGAUGAAGUGAAGAGCAAUAGAAGGAAUAAAGUAGAUCAAAGUAAAAAGAGAAGUACAGAACCACAGAAACAAGUGGGGAGCACACUAGGAAACGGAACACCUGGAAAUCGUAGAUCACAACCUCAACGGGACAAAGAUAGUAAGGUGGUCAUGAACAAGACCACCAAACCCAAGUCUCCACCAAAAGCAGCCCCAGCCAUACAAGGGAGGACCAACAACAAGAUCCCCACCAAGCCUGUCAACAAGAGAAGUGACAAAGUGACAGAGAGCGAGGAGGAGGAAUCAGAGAGUGAUACAGGAAGCUCAGCGGAGGUGACGGAAGUGGAAACUAGUAACGAUGAGAAAGAGGAGGAGGAGGGAAGUAACGAAGAGCCAUCUGAGACACAUGGGAGUGAGGAGAGCAGCGAGGAGGAGGCUGAGGCAUCAGAUACUCAAAGAGAUACAGAGCAGACGGCAAACGAGGAAUCGGACAAAGAGCUUUCAGAGGAAGCCAAAUCCAGAAGUGAAGCAGUCACAUCCAGUGAAGAAGAAGAGGGAAACGAGAAGGAAGUUGAAGUGUCUGAGGGGGUCGUCAGUGAUGUGGGUGAAGACGAAGAGAUAAACCAGGAGGACAAGUCUGAAAAGCCGACAGACGAUAAAGCCCGCAGACGACGCAGACAGACUCCGCACGCCUCGAAGCCUGCGCAAGGAUCGAAGAACAAGAUGUUUAAGAAAACAAAGGCAGAUAAGCAAGCGGAGAAGGCCGAGAAACAGAGAGCCAAAGCAGAGAAGCAGAGGUUAGAAAAGGAAGCCAAACAAAAAGCCAAGGAAGAAAAAAAGAACAAAAGAAAAGCACAGAAAGAGGACAAACCCAGUUCUGCAACAGAGGAGAUUCAACCACCAAAAGGUCUGUCCGUCGAAAAGGUUGACACCGCAAAAGGCAAGACCCAGUUAGUGAACAAAACAAAAAGUAUCAAUGAGAAAGAUGCUCCUAUAGAAGCUGAUCCAGAUGAGGAAAAGGAGGAGGCUGAACCAACAUUGACCAAAGCCAUCAAAGGCCAAAACCGGAUUAUGCUUCUCAAAGCCAAAGGUAAAGACCUCAAAGCCAUUCUGGAGCCUGAGGAGCAACCGGACGCCGCUGGAAGUGUCGUCAAAGGGCCUCCCCGGGGCUUACUCCUGGGGAAGGUCAAGUUGGCAUCUCUCCGGCACAAAGGAAAUACAGUGGUAGCGAAGCCUGACGAGGAAACACAAGAGAGUGAGGGUGUUGACGGGGGUUCGAGCAAACCCAAGGAACGUUUGAUAGCGAGAAGAAAAGGUGUGACCACUCUUCGCCGAGUGUCUGGUUGGAUUCAGAAAAGCAUGCCACGAGGGUUAAACAUGAGGAAGAAGCUUUCUGCUUGGACUAAAGCCAUCGGGGUCUCCAACUGGCUCUCCCUUCGGAGGAUAAAACAGAAUCAAGGCCCCAGAAAAGCUAAGGGCAAUAUCUUCAAACAUAGGAUGGCCAUGAGAGUUGCCAGUAAAACCAGCCUGACCGGUAAGAAAAAUAGGAGCUCCUCUGCGGACAAAACAGAUAAAGAGGAUGCCAGCCUGCAGGGAAAGGCGGGGGAGGGAGGGGAGGAAGCGGUCCCAGCUGGGGAGAAAGAGGUAGAGGCCAAAUACGCUGUGGUAUUCCCCAGGAUGAACAAACUGGGCAAAGCAAAGACAGCCGAGGUGCCCCAGGCAGUUCCUGGACCUUCUACUCCAGCAAGUACCACUGGACCACCAGGAGAACCCACUACAUCGCAGCCAAAACCCCCUAAACCAGGUGCCAGGCUCGUGCUCCCUGUCAAGCCAGAUCUCAGUCUCUUGAAGUCCAUCAAGAAGUCCUUGCCAGUGGGGUCAGGUGCAGAUGUGGCAGAGAGGAGCCCUGGGUCCAGUGGUACACCGGAGGGAACAUCCAACACUGAGGAUAGAAACAGGAGAGCUGCCCUAAACAACCAAGAUGGAGUCAGUGUGCUACAGGCUGCAAGAGGGAAACUUGUCCCCUCCCAGAUCAACCUGACCAAGCUGUCCUUAUCAGGGGGAACAAUAAGUGGUGGGCUGAAUCGGACCAAGGGACCAGAUCCAGAGAGAGAGGCUGCUGGGAUACCCAGGUCCACCACUCAGCCUUUUCCAAAUGGGGAGGCGAGUGCUGUGAUGUCGGGUGUCCGGUCCCUGUAUGAAGAAGAGGCAGACAGGGAAGUGGCCCAGCUGAUGGGUGAGGGGGGUAUAUAUACGAUCGCCCAACCAGAGGUGCACUGGGCUGGUAACCCACGGAUGAGUGGAGACCCUCAGGACUGGCUGCGUGCUGAGAACCUGUUGCCCCACCAGACAGUGGAGAAGCUAACCAAGUGGACAGUCUAUGAUGAUGAGGACCAGGCCAAGACCGUUCCGGCCCACAAUGGCAGGGGCCCCUGGGAAUCAGAGGACCCCACCCAGGAGAUGCUGGAGAGUCGACUGGUCAGCACACAGGUGGUGAUGCCUGGCUGCAGAAGAACUAUAGAGGUGGAUGAGGUGGAGGAUCUGUCCCAGCUGGAAGAGGUGUGCGAGAGCUCUGUGCUUCUGAAUCUGAAGAAGAGGUUUCACCGUGACUGUAUUUAUACUUACAUUGGAAACAUGCUGCUGUCCAUUAACCCCUUCAAGCCCCUUAACAUCUACACAGAGGAGCUGAGACAGAAAUACCAGGGCAAAGAACAGCACAGAAACUCACCCCAUGUGUAUGCCAUAGCCGACGCCGCUUUCAGUCAGUCUCAGGCCUCCACACAGGAGCAGUGCAUCAUUAUAAGUGGCCAGAGUGGUUCAGGGAAGACUGAAGCUACCAAGCUGUUAGUCCACUACCUCAGCUCCAUGUAUCAGGGCAGGAACAACAACCUGCGACAGCCCAUGGAGGUCUUUCCCAUCCUGGAGAGUUUCGGCAAUGCCAAGACCAUCCUCAACAACAACUCCAGCCGCUUCGGCAAGUACCUCCACAUCCACAUUCUCCACGGCGUUGUUGUAGGGACAUCGUUGUCCAAAUAUCUCCUUGAGAAGUCCAGGGUUGUCUUUCAGGCCAAUGAGGAGAGGAACUACCAUGUGUUCUAUGAGCUGCUGGCAGGUAUGAACGACUGGGACAAACAGGAGCUCUACCUACAAGGAGCCGAGACCUAUUACUACCUAAACCAAGGUGGUGCCUGUGACUUGAAGGGGAAGCAGGACAAGCAGGACUUCCAGCUUCUGGUUCAGUGCUUUGAGACCAUCGGUCUGCAUGCUGACCAGAUCUCCACCGUCUGGGCCAUCCUCUCCUCCAUCCUGCAGCUCGGCAACGUCUGCUUCAGCUCAUACGAGAGCGAGUCGUUUGAGGUGGCUCGUAUCUUCAGCGAGGCCGAGGCCAGGAGGGUUGGCUCCUUGUUGCAGAUUUCCUCCGAGGCCCUGCAGACUGUCAUCACUCACAGAGUCACAGAGACGACCUACGACAGGAUCUACUGCCCUCUGUCUGUAGAAAGUGCCAUAGAAUACAGAGAUGCCAUUGCCAAAGCCUUGUAUUCAGUGCUGUUUGACUGGUUAUUGGAGCAGAUCAAUGACUGGCUGAGCCCCACAGAGAUGGACAGCACGGUGGGCAUAGUCGACAUCUACGGGUUUGAGGACCUGGGAGUGAACAGCUUCGAGCAGCUGUGUAUCAACUUCGCCAAUGAGCAGCUGCAGCACUAUGUUAACAAGGCGGUGAUCUCCCAGGAGCAGGAGGAGUACAGUGCAGAACAGAUCCAGUGGUACCCGAUGCAACUCAAGAACUUCCACUCCUGUCUGGAGCUGAUCUCCUCCAGACCACACGGCAUCCUCCGCAUACUGGACGAUCAGACCUGCCUCCCCCAGGCCACUGACCACACCUUCCUCCAGAAGUGCCACUAUCACCAUGGGAACAGCCCCUACUAUGCCAAGCCCAAGAACCCACUGCCAGUCUUCACUGUCUAUCACUAUGCUGGAGCCGUCACCUAUCAGGUUCAUAAUUUCCUGAAUAAGAACCACGACCAGUUCAGGACAGAAGUGGUGGAGCUUUUUGCCAGGAGUCGGUUAAAGAUGGUGUCGGAGCUGUUCCGUAAGGUUCAGGAUGGUUACAUUCAGCAGAGAGAGCUGGGCUGGAGAGGGAAGGGCCUCCGCCAGCAGCCCUCUACUGCCGCCUCACACUUCCUCCAGUCCCUGACGGAGCUCACCACCCGCCUGGAGAGAUGCAAGACCACUUUUAUUCGUUGUCUGAAGCCAAACUACGUCAAGCUUCCUGGGAUCUUUGACGUAGACUAUGUGUCGGCCCAGCUGAGGCAUGCUGGGAUGAUGGAGACCAUCCACAUCAGGAAAGAGGGUUUCCCCGUACGGAUACAGUACUCCUACUUCAUUGAGAGAUACGGGGUUCUCCUGAGCCAGCGGCUGAGUGAGGCGUCAGACAGAGAGCAGUCUCUGGCUCUGCUGGACAUGGUCGAUGCAGAGGAGGGACAGUACCAGCUGGGACUCACCAAGCUGUUCCUCAAGGAGCUCCUGUACCAGCAGCUGGAGGAGAAGUGGACCAGCACCCAGACCUGGGCUGCCAUCACCAUCCAGAGGAACAUCAGAGGCUUCCUCUGCAGGAGGAACUUCAGGUUUUUCAAGGAGAAAGCCAUCGUCAUCCAGAGCCACAUCCGAGGACACCAGGCCAGGAAGUACUACAAGCGUUUGAGACAGUCCUUCACCCAGUUCUGGGCGGUGAUGAUGAUCACCAGGGACACCAUCAAGAGACGCCAUUGGAGGAAGGAAUUUCACGAGAAGAACAAAGUAAAGGCAGUGACCAAGACCAAGUCUGUCUCUCCAGGAAUGGAUGUGGGGAUGUUGGAGAUCCCUGCUGAGCUGUCAGCCAGACUUCGCAGUGCAGCAGGGCACCAGCGUGGGUCAGGGGUCACAGAGGUCGCACCCCCACAGGUGAAGGCAGAACACAAGCUCGCCCUGCCUCUGGAUGUUGACAGAUACCCUUUCUCUCGCUAUGCCAAGUCCAUAUUAAAGGAUACAUGGAGCCAGCCUCAGGGAUACCCCCUCCAGAGAUCCCUCACCCCUCUGGAGCCUGAAGAUGCCAGAACUGCCCUGGAGAUUUACAAACUGAUCUUGCGGUUUACAGGUGAGUCCGACCUCAGCGGCUGGCAGGAGCAGAUGCUGGGUAACUACAUAGUGGAGAGGGGUCAGAGCCGGCCAGCUUUGAGGGACGAGAUCCUGGCCCAGCUGGUUUACCACACGUGGGGCCUGCAGGAGGAGCAGGACAGUCUGAGGGGCUGGCUGCUGCUGACCUGCUGCCUCAGUGCCUUCACCCCCUCACCAACACUGGACAAACCUCUGCUCAAGUAUGUGUCUGACCAGGGUCCAGGGGAGUACCGCUCACUGUGCCAACACAAGCUGCUGACAUCUCUGCAGCUCCCAGCUCCCACUGCCCGCAUCUACCCCCCCACCCAGCUGGAGUGGACCACCAACCAGAGGAAGGGCACCAUGCUGCUGGACGUACACACCUUCAACGAUGAGAAGCUGACAACUGAAGUGGAGUCAUGGACCACAGGAGAGCAGCUGGCCUCGUGGCUCCUUCAUUUCAGAGGUGUGUCGGAGGCGGGGCAGGGCUGGUCGGUGUCUCUGCUGACCGAUGACGGCUGGUCAGAUCUGGCUGGCUCAGACUUUGUAAUGGAUCUUCUGGCUGGAGCUGAAGCUGAAGUGCUGCCGCCACCAGGGACUCCCUCCUCUACAAACUCUGACUACCUGUUCAGCAGCCAGGGAGACAGGAUGCCAGCUACAGAUCUAGAUGACUUCAUUCCACCAGCACCUCCAAUGCAAGCUCCUGGGCUGCCUCCUUAUGAGGGAAACACCUGGGGGAGAGAUUAUCCACAGGAAGGCCGUGGUCGACAGAUGGAUGCCUACGUUGAUGACCUGUUUGACCCUGUACUGGACCAAGGACCUCCGGACAUGGAAAGAGUAGCCAUGCUGAACCGCAGGAUGAGAGGAGGAGGAGGGAUUGGACCCAUGUAUGGAACUGGUAUACCCAUGACAAUGCCAAGCUAUAUGGGAGCGGUUAACCCUUCAAUGCCCGGCUAUGGUGCUCCCAUGAUGCCAACCAUGCCAGCCAUGAUGAUGCCUCAGACUGCCAUGCCUGCCCAGUCUGUCGCUGACCCCAUGCAGAUGGCAGCAUCACAGCAGGCCCUCAUCAACCAGCAGGCCUUUCUCAUGGCCCAGCAGAUGACCAUGCAGGCCAUGAGUCUGUCCCAGCAGCAGACCAAGGAGCAGCAGAGGAAAGAGCAGAAGGAGCAGGAUAGAAUGCAAAAGGAGGAGGAGAGGCAGCGGAGACGUCAGCCCGAGCGACGGUCCAGGGAACGCUCACGCUCACCCCCACCUCGAUCUCCCUCGCCCCCACCUCGAUCUCCCUUGCCCCCACCUGCCCGGCCUAAAACAUUUGCACCUAAACGCACCCCCACCUACAGGCAGCCUGAACCAGAGCCGGAAAGAGAAGUGGACUUAGCAGAUCCAGAUGACCUGCAGUCUUUCAAAGACAAGAAGGAAUACUUCCAGAAGAUUGGCUAUCAGCCCCGAGGUGGAUCCAAACCUCAAAAGCCUCAGCCAGCCCCCGCCAGCCCACCCAGACAGCAGCGACGCUCCCCGCCGUCACCACGUCCAUCCCCUCCAUCCCCCCCACCUACAGCACCAAAGCCUGAGGUGAAGCGUCUCCGCCCCCCACCUGCCAGAGAAGUGGAUCCCCCAAAAGCAACACCUACCCCAGCUCCUCUCACUAAGCAUCAGCCCGAACCCACCUCCAGCAUCCGGGAAAUCAUCAAACAGUACAACAGCCGACCCCAACAGGAAGCCAAACCCUUUGAGCCUGUCAGACAUCAUGCACGGCAUUUCGUAAAGAAGAAUGAUCCCAAAGAAGAAGCUCUGGCCAAACUCAAAGACAAAGCACCAGUGCCACAACAGAAGAAACAAUGGGUGCCUCCCCCAGUCAAGCCUAAGUGGGAGCCACCUCCUCCCAGGACCCCAUCACCACAGCCCUCUCCCCCCUCCAGCACGGGGCCCCGCGUCAUCUCCAGCAACAUGAGGCAGAAGCAGCGCUCCCUGGAGGACCUUUUCGGCUCGCAGCGCUCCCGCAACUCCCUGCCACCUCCCCCCGACUCCCCGCCACCUCCUCCGCGCCCAGCAGCACCCAUCUUUCAGAACAUCCCCGACCCGCCGCCCGUGGCUGCCCCGUCUCUCAAUGGGGUGCCAGAUGUGGAGGGCAUUCGCUCCAAGCUCCACCGCUUCUCUGCUGGGGUUUUCUUCUCUUACUCCAACAUGCCGGGAAAACUGUUCCUGCGA